AUGCUGCUAACAGGCUAGCCUCGGGACUGAAACGAGCUAAAGAGAUAGCGAGGGGGAAUGUUGGGCCUGGGGGACGUACGUAGUGUGCUAGACUAUUAAAACGAGCACUAUCAUAUUUAGUGCGUUGUCUAAGCCGCUUGUUGCUGCAGAUGCGGCAGCUAACUAGAUAGCUAGCGUUUAGCCAGUUAACGGUGAAGGAGCUAAUAGCAUUAGCAUUUCGGCGUCAGAACAGAGUGAGAACAUCACCAGUCAAUUCGUCCCGAGUCACAGAGUUUACUCCUUUGUUACCAGUUUAUGUCAGUGAGGCGAACUGUAUAGUCCGGAAACACAUUGGGAGGAGCCAUGUACCAGCUCCCUGUGAACAAUCUGACAAGAAUCCGGAAAGCUAGAAAACAAGUGAAGAAAAACCUAGAAGACAUAGGACUCGAGCUCUGCAAGGAGGUAGCAGAGGAGUUUAAGGAGUUUUGCCCAGAUGAACAAACUGUAAAGGAGACUGCAGGCUAUGACAUCUGCACAUGGGAUCCGUCUCACUCUAAAACACAGGGGUACCGAUCGAAGCAGUUUUGCUGUACAGAGUGCCGAUUUUCUUCCAAAUACUACUCUGGCUACAAAAAUCACUUCCGCAAUGUGCACCGGAAAACAUUGGAGAGUCAACUUCUGCUCAACUGUCCCUACUGUGCUUUCAGUGCAAACAGGAGGACCCUGGAGACGCAUGUCAAAAUAUUCCACAUAACCAACUCAUUCCAGCUGAACUAUGGCAACCCACGUGCUUCCGUUUUGGGAAACAGCGCCGUACAGGGAAACAGACUGGAGAAACCAAUGUACUUCUGCAAGAAGUGCAAAUUCCGAGACGCACUCUACAAUGUUGUCAGGAGGCAUAUUUAUAGAGAACAUUUCCAGCAUAUUGUUUCACCGUAUCAUGGCAGGGUCACUGGAUCUGUUAAAAACGGUGCGUGUUCCCUCAGCGGCAACAACAUUUUCUGCAAACAGUGUCCGUUUUCCACACGGAGCUACGAGGCUUUGGUGCAGCAUGUUGUCGAGUACCACGAACGCAUCGGUUCCCAAGUUACAACCAUGAUUGGACAUGCUAAUGUCAUGAUGUCAAAGCCUCAACCUACCAUGAACGAGAAAGCUGCUCUGAUUAUUAACAGGGGAAAAGCUCCUAGACCUGAGCCAACAACGCAACCGGUAAUUGGCUACCUGAAGCCCACUGUUAAGAGUCCGCUCAGUGUCCCGGUCAAUCCGAAGCAGGUCAAGGUUAAUGCCAAUGGUGCUGUGGCUGAAAAUAAUCAAACUGGUGUAAACACGGCCCAAACACAGAAGUGGAAGAUAUGCACCGUUUGCAAUGAGCUCUUUCCUGAAAACCUGUACAGUGCUCAUUUCGAGUGUGCUCACAAGGCUAAAAAGGUCUGGGCACUGGCCAAGUACAUCAUGAAAAUCCACAACUUCACCAGCAAGUGUUUGCUUUGCAACCGCUAUCUUCCCAGCAGCACAUUAUUGAACCACAUGCUGAUUCAUGGCUUAACCUGUCCACAGUGCCACUCUGCUUUCCACAGUAUUGAGAAAAUCAUGGAGCACACAGCCAAGACCCACCCAGAUGAGUUUGUUGGACCCUCUGGUGCAUCCCCUCUAACCUUUGAUCUGACUAUUAAACAAACCAAACCCACUAACAUUCAGCUCGCUGUCCUCACUUUCAACAUGAAGGAGUCGCCCAAUGGUCAAGAUCAAUCUCCACCGCCGCUGCAGUACGUUCAGCUGCCUGGAAAAUUACAGCCGGUUAGAAUUGUGGAAAAGCAAAACGAACCAAGAAAUGUAGCUUCACUUAUCCAGAACAGUGACGUUGGAAAGACUGUUUGUCCGCUGUGCUUCUCCAUCCUCAAAGGCCCCAUCUCUGACGCCUUGUCCAUGCACCUGAGACAACGACAUCAAGUGAUCCAAACCAUGCAUCCUGUCGAAAAUAAGAUGACAUACAAGUGCAUUCAUUGUUUAGGGGUGUACACUAGUAACAUGGUAGCUUCCACAAUCACGCUGCACCUUGUGCAGUGCAGAGCCGUUGGUAGGAGUCAGUCGAGUCAGGGCUUCAAAUCCGCCUUGACUCUCAACUCGGCAGGUGCCGGUAUUCUCAAGAGACAGUUGCCAACACAAUCUCCUUCAAGUCCCAAGAAAAUCAAAAUGAGCAAAAAAACAGAUCCCUUCCGCGGAAGCACCGCUCCAUUUGACGGCCUGGUUCUGGAUCCGUCGGGUUGCGAGCACAAGACUCACGAGGCCAGGAAAGAGUUCUUGACAGCAUACUUCAAUCGACGGCCAUACCCAACUUCUCAAGAAGUGGAGAAGCUGGCCGCGAGUCUGUGGCUGUGGAAAUCUGAAGUUGCUAGUCACUUUGCGUUGAAGCGAAAGCUGUGUUUAAAGGCUUGUGAAACCAAGAAGGUUUUGGUCCAAGUUGGCCUUGACAUGAACGCUGUGCGCAAGCUGAAACAUUACCUGAUCUUUGAUAAGGGGAGGUUGGUCGGCACCACCUCUGGUAGGUCGACAGGCUUAAAGUCUCAUGUGCCACACUCAAAACCAAAACGACGUCCACACACACCCAACCACACAGUGGAACAGAGUGGUUUGCACAUAGAAAUCAUUUCAAUAGACUCGGACAACGAAGAAGAAACAGAGGAUCCUGUCCAGAUUGAAGAAGUUGACACAAACCCUGGAGACAAUGCAGAUUACAAGUGCCUGGAGAACCUGACAGAAGAGAGAGAACGUGUGGAAGCGACUGAUCGUUCAGAAGAAAAGAGCAGUAGCCCAGAUGGCAAAGAAGAUGACCUGAUCCAAGACGUGUCUGUCUUAUCUGAAAAUGAAAAAGUUAAGCCAAACCAAAAAGAGGAAGUCUUGUCAGAGAAUGAAAAAGUUGGUAUAGAAGUAAAGGUUUUGCCAGAGAACGACACGUCUGAUGUACAACAAGAAGGGGAGGUCUUGGAGAAUGAAAAAGCUGACCCCAAACAAGAAGAAGAGGUCUUUACAGAGAAUGAGAAGGCUGAGCAAAACCAAGAGGAGGUCUUGGAGAAUGAAAACGAAAAGGUGGAGUCCAAGUCCCCACAGAACCUGACAAAAGAGGGAAACCAUGAGGGCAUGGAUGAGCCUUCCAUGGAAACCAGCUCUAUUGACGAUGGGAAAGAAAAGGCUGACAUGCCCUCAUGUUAGUGUUCUUUUGUUCUGGUUGAAAAUUAGCGGAGUUUCACAAGUGAACGAGUUGUGCUGCUCCAAAAGUGGUUGUAUCUCGAAGGGCUGUUAUUAACUUGGCAUGGGGUACAUGAGUUCAUCCAUUUUUAAUGUGUUACUCUUAACCAGACCUGGACAAAGGAAAAACUGUUACCUUAACCUGCACUGUAUAAUUACCGAUGCAUUUAAUAUAUAUAGACGGUUCUUCUUUGCCUACAUUGUGGUUCUGUUUCAAACUGUAUUACUUUUCCUAGCUGCCACGACACAUAAAAUGUUUUUUUCAAGUUUCCCUACCUUUUGUUUACUUCUGUCUUAGUUGUUUCUGUGUACCCUCUUCAUCUUAUCCCAGACUUAGACGAUUUAAGAUGCAUUUAAAGUUUAUGUACCUGUUUCAAUAAAAAUGUUAAUUAAAAGGUU